UGCAUGAGUUAAGCACUCAAACACUUCCUUCUCUGUCUUACACAAGGGUGUAGAUAAAGAUUGAAUUUGUCAGAAAAGCGUGUCACUUCAUCCAGAAGCUCGAUUGGACUCUGAUCUCACCAUGUUUUACCGCUGUGACCUGCUGAUUCUGAUACUUGCACUGACUCUUGGUGGUCAAGUUCGUACAGGGAAGAUCAUCGGCGGUCAUGAAGCUGCUGCACAUAGCAGGCCAUACAUGGUGCUGUUGGAGAGGUACAUGAAGGAUGGUAGCACCAAAUACUGCAGUGGCUUCCUUCUGAACGAGGAUUUUGUGAUGACUGCAGCCCACUGCCUAGCCCGGUCUUACCAGGUGUUGCUCGGAGCUCACAAUAUACAACAUAAAGAUGAAAUACUGCGCAUAAAUGUGGAUCAAACAUUUCCUCACAAAGACUACAAUGCAACUAAUUUCCGAAACGAUAUAAUGCUUCUUAAGUUGAGCUCCAAGGCAAAGUUGAGCAAACAUGUGGGACCCAUUUCUCUUGCAAGCCAAAGUGAUGGCUCACUGCCAAAGUCAUGUUCUGUCUCUGGCUGGGGGAGGAAAGACAAGAACAUCAAUUAUAUGUCUUUCGUACUCAUGGAAGUCAAUGUUACACUUAGUGACAAUGAGCUGUGUGCUAAGGACAACUUGUACUGCUCCGAGGGAGAGAUUGGACCUGUCGAGGGAGACUCUGGUGGUCCGCUGGUGUGCGAAGAUGAGAAGGCAUACGGGGUGGUGUCCUACAUAUUCAAACCAUCUUCAGGUGCCCAACAAAUCGAUUGUUACGCCAAGAUUUCUGACUACAGCAGGUGGAUCUACUUGACUGUGACUAAUGCCUGUGUGCCACUCCUUACAGAAGCUCAGCUAAUCUCUGACCUCACCAUGUUUCUCCGCUAUGAACUGCUGGCACUGAUACUCGCGCUGGCUCUCUUUGGUCAAGUUCAUGCAGGAGAAAUCAUUGGCGGUCAAGUGGCUAAAGCACAAAGCAGGCCAUACAUGGUUCUUUUGAAGCAGCACAAGCAUGAUGGUGAACAAGGACACUGCGGUGGCAUACUUCUGAAUGCGGAUUUUGUGAUGACUGCAGCCCACUGCCAAGCCAGUUCUUACGAAGUCUUUCUAGGAUUGUCCAAUAUGUCGAACAAAAGUGAAGUACAGAACACAACUGUAGAGAAGUCCUAUCCACAUGAUGAAUACAAUGCAAAUGAUAACACUAAUGACAUAAUGAUUUUGAAGAUGAGCUCCCGGGCCAUUUUCAGCAAAAGUGUGAGACCCAUUGCUCUUGCAUGCCAAGGUGAUGACUUUCUGCCAAAAUCAUGUUCAAUCUCCGGCUGGGGAGAAACAGCUGAAAACGAAAAGUACAUUUCUCGUGUACUAAUGGAGGCUAAUGUAACCCUAAUCAACGAUGAGUGGUGUAAUAAGAACCAUUUGUACUGCUCUAAGGGAAAGCCACGUCCGGCUGGGGGAGACUCUGGUGGUCCGCUGGUCUGCGAAGAUGAAAAGGCAUACGGGCUGGUGUCAAUGGGCUUCCAAUACGACCAUGCAAAAAGCCCAUAUGUGUACGCUUAUACUAAGAUUUCUGACUACACCAACUGGAUCGAAUCGAUUGUUGGUUGCUAGGUUACCUGCAUAACUGAUCGAUCAAACCCUGAUGUCUAAGUGUGGUAUUUGUCGCUUAGCAAAUUUAAAACAAGAACAUACAGAUUGUUAUACUAUAUUCAAAAAGCUUUUCAUUGAACAACGCCGUAACAUUUGAAAAACUCAUGCUGCUUAAUGGAAACAAUGUCUAAAUACUGCAAGUAAAAUUGCUCUAUAGCACUUCAUGCAUCUUCUUUUUGACUGUAUCAGAUGAGAAGAUAGGAUCCUCCAAGUUUGUUUUUAACCAUCUUUUUAAACAAUAAAAUCUUGGUGCUGUUGCUCUCAUUAAA